AACGCUUAGCAAGCCUCUGCGGCUAUUGGUGGAUUUGGUUGUCAAUUGACUCCACAGCCCCGCCCUUAGUGACGUGGGACUGUGCGCGUGAAAUGCGGCGUCGAGAAUGUCCUUCUCCAGCGGUCCUUUAGAGCAGCAUAAAUGAAUGCCAUGGACCUGAGAUGCAGGAAAGCUGAUCAUCAACCAGCAGCACCCCUAUGAUAUUAGAAAAAGGGCAGAUCUGGCAUCUACGCUAAUCAGAGGUUGGUUUGAAGGCAGGGUUGUUGGCUGACCCCAAAACAGGGAGCCAAGCUCUGGAUGUGACAGCUCAUUAGAAGGGAGUUAAGAUGUCAAUGAGGCAUACGGAGGGCGUGUCCAUCAUGCAGGCCUUAGCCAUGACCGUGGCUGAGAUACCCGUGUUCCUGUAUUCCACCUUUGGGCAGUCUAUUUUCUCACAGCUUCGACUGAACCCAAGCCUGAAGAAAGUGCUGUUUGCGACAGCUUUGGGUUCUGUGGCCUUAGCACUCACUGCGCACCACCUAAAGAGACGAAGCAGAAAAAGGAAGCAGGUAACGGAGAAGGCAGCACCCAAGACAGUGGGCGUCCCGGAGCAACUGGUACGCUCAGGAAGACCCACGUCACUGAAGAGAGGUCCCUUUCCAGGCCGUCAGAUGUUGAGCCCAAGUACUCGCAGCAACGACACCAUGAGUGGAAUCUCUUCACUUGCCGCCAGCAAACACUCAAGCUCUUCACACACAUCCGCGCGACUCCCUGCAUCUCCCAACCAAUCAGCCGCUGUAGCCUCAACGUGGGAGGCGGAGCCUGUGGCAGAGGAGCCAGGGGCAAUGGAAGAUGCAAAUGCAGAGAACCUAUACCUCAUAGGUAUGGAGCUAUUUGAGGAAGCUCUGCAAAAGUGGGAGCAAGCACUGAACAUCAGACACCAGACUCAGUCCAACUCUUCUGCUAACAGUCUCACCCGACAGGGGGCGGCACUCACGCCAGAAACCCGUAAUCGAAAAUUUGCAGAAAAACUGGAGUCCCUUCUGCACCGGGCUUAUCAUUUACAGGAAGACUUUGGCAGCACAAUACCAGCAGAUAGCCUGCUAGCUGACCUUGAGAGUGAAGGCACAUUGAUUCUGCCACUUGUGGAAAGCUCUCAUGGUGUCCGGGAUGAUGAUGCCGCUACCAUCACGUCAGACGAUUCCUUUUUCUCUGCCGCUGAGCUGUUUGAUACGUUCAGUCCCGAUGAGGUUUAUCAGCCCCUAAAACCUGCAGCUCUGUAUGAAGAGGCACUGAGUUUAGUGAGAGAAGGGAAAGUGGAGUGCAGAUCACUCAGAACAGAGUUACUGGAGUGUUACAGCGAUCAGGACUUCUUGGCUAAGCUGCACUGUGUCCGACAGGCUUUCCACGUGUUACUGGUGGAUGAGACUCACAAGAAUUUCUUCAUGGAAACAGGCAAACAGAUGAUCAAUGGACUCAUGAUCAAAGCCAACAAGAGUCCAAAGGCAUUUUUGGAGAGCUAUCAGGACAUGUUGCUGUACACUCAACGAGAGGAGACAUGGCCAACCACCAAGAUGGAACUUGAAGGCCGAGGGGUGGUGUGUAUGAACUUCUUCGACAUCGUGUUGGACUUCAUCCUCAUGGAUGCAUUUGAGGACCUGGAGAACCCACCUACCUCCGUGGUGGCUGUCUUACGGAAUCGAUGGCUCUCAGACAGUUUUAAAGAGACGGCUUUAGCUACAGCAUGUUGGUCAGUGCUGAAAGCCAAAAGAAGGUUACUGAUGGUUCCAGAUGGGUUCAUAUCUCAUUUCUACGCCAUCUCGGAACACGUGAGUCCAGUUCUGGCGUUCGGCUUUCUGGGGCCCAGACAGCACCUGACUGAAGUGUGCACUAUUUUUAAGCAACAAAUUGUGCAGUACCUGAAAGACAUGUUUGACCACGACAAAGUGCGCUUCACAUCAACUCAGUCACUAGCCGAAGACGUUUUGAGUUUAUCUCAUAGGCGUACCGACAUCCUGCUGGGCUACCUGGGCAUCGACAGUCUGCCGGAAGCUAACGGGGCACUGCCUGCUAGCACGGGCACACAAGACUGAUGAUGGUAUACAUGGAAAUUUCUAUUAGAAAAAAGGAAAUAUCUUCAACUUCUUCAAUUCCAGCUCCAGAGGCACAUCUAAGUUCACAAUCUUUAGCAGACUGAAAUGUAAAUUAUUAGUAAACAAGACCCGAGUGCUUGAAUUCAAAAACAGGCGCAGUUUGCAGAACCACAAUUUCUCUGCAGACAUCGACACUCGGUCUGGAUUCUCUGGCUGAAACUACAGAUCCGGAAGUAGCAGUUGGCGGUAACUCCUGCAUAUGAUAUACUGUAUUAAUCAAAUUGUCUGGCUGAAAUGGAUUUUAUAGGAGUCUCCGUGUUGUAUCUGCACCAUGCAGAUCUAAUUGAUUCACAGCUUGGCACCUGGCACAACUGAAGACUUACAGUUUCUGUAGCCCGACUGAUGAACUCUAGAAUCAAUGAAGUGAUGUUCAGAUCUACAAUCAAUAACUGAAAAUCUUCAGUGCAUUGCAAGAUAUUCUAUAGUAGGGGGACAAGGUGGGUUAGUGGUUAGCAAUUUUUGCCUUGCACCUCCAUGGUUGGGGAUUUGAUUUCUACCUCCCCCAUUUGUCUAGGGUUUGCAUGUUCUCACUCUGCUUUGAGAGUUUCCUCUGGGUACUCCAGUUUCCCCCAGUCCAAAGAAAAGUGUUGAUUGGCAUCUUUAAAUUGUCUGUGGUGUGUGUUCGAGUGUGCCCUGCGAUGGGUGUGCAGCACGCCUUGAUGUACGCUCCAGGUUCCCCAUGACCCAUAAGCAAUACAAAAACGUACAGGUGGAUGAUAUGGAGAGUAUCUGCCAGCUGAGAUAAUUGGAAAUUGUCACUUUGUCUCACCUUUAGCCAAGCGAGCACUAAACGAGUAAUAUUGUGUUUUAACUAAACACAAGACUCGGAUGUUGAUCCAAGUUCCAUCCGUUCGUCAGAUCUCCAGCUAGAUCUAUUAUAGAUUUUUCGAGUGUACUUCAGGUCUGCAGUCUGCUUUCCGAGCCUAAUUUAAUCCCACAACCACUGAAGAAGCUGCACGAACAAUAACGCCACAGAAUAACACUCAGUCCAACACUUAGUCCAAGUUGGUUCUUGCUGCUAGGGUUUCUGUUUCUCUUGGUCCUUAACACACCCUUGCACAUAAUUAUGUCUCCUGUCAAUGCAUAAUUUAUAUGUCAUAUGUGUCACAGAAGAUCUGAAAAGUAGAACAAUGUGUGUUAUGUGUCCUCCCAACAGUCAGAGGUGGUUUCUGUUCUAGCCUAGAUCAAGCUCUUCGGCAGGCGGUUACUGUCUGUUCGAUAUCAGCAGUCUAAUUCCUGUAAUUGUACUGUUCAAACAGGUUAUAAUUAUCAUUCAGGACAGCUAAACGGGUAUUUAGGUCACUGAAGAACGCGAGCGACGCUUGUAAAGGGUGAAUGCAUGGGUCGGCUAAGACUGGGUCUCGUGUACAGUCGAACUUGAUGGUUUAUUAGUAAGGUAAAGCUUUCUACUGUGAAUGAACUGCAGGUCACAAAAGUCUGACCCAAUAAUAAAUGAUAUAUAUCGUUAUGCUUUAGUUUACAUUAUGUAACAUUUAAGUGUUCCCUAAUCCUGCUCUUAUAAUUUUCAUUGUACUUUUUUCUGGGUUAAAAUGCUACUCUUUUUCCUAAUGCAGGAUUAGGAUGCAUGCCCUAUGUUUUUUCCAAUGCUAUUUUUAACUUGCCCUUAUCAACUCCUCUUUUUUUUUUUCCCAUUUAUGACCUGUAUGCAUUAUGUUGCACAUAUGUAGUGUGCACCAGGAGAUUUCCCCUGUCUUUUCCCAUAUCUCACAAUUUGCAACUGAGCAAAAAAUACGAUGGAACGGGUGUGAAGAUCGAUAGAUAGAGAUGGGAGAUGUCCCUGAGAAAACGUAGGCAAGACGUUUUGAACACCCUGCAGUUGUGUUUUCUAGUCAGUCGCUAGAGUAAUCCCAAAUAUGUAACAGAAAUAGUCUUUUAAUCGAAGCUACUGACUCUUAAGUCAUACUCCCUCCAAGAUAAACACUACUUUUCUGUAGGCUUUCAGGACUAGCUAAUUAAACUCAGUACAAAAAAGAAUGAUGUAUUAUGUAAUCCAUACUCAAUACCAAUGACACACAUCUGUUUGUGUUUAAAUAGACGACACAAUAGACGUGUAAUAGUCUUUCGCUUUCAAGUGUUUUUGUGUUUUCCCAUUUCUAUUUCCUUCUCUGUAACUCCGACCUAUGUUCUGGCCUUCGUUUGCUGAAUUUGCACUUUAUUUUUUAGAUAUUAUAACAAAUCCAACAUAAACUGUUUCGAUCUAUUUUUGUGGAAAUACUGAGUAGUCAUAUAGGUUGCCUUUAAAGCAUUGCCUGUAUUUUUGGGUGUUUUUCCUUUCUUGGAAGUUGAUGUUGGAAUGCUGAAGGCAAAAUAAUGCACAGACGUGCCAAAUAAAUAAAUAAACUGGCCAGAAUUUACAAGUAAAAUGAAGGGAUUUCUAGUUCAGUUUGUACAUGAUUAGCAUUCAAAGCCUGGGGAAUUGCAUUGGAUCAUUUGUGCCUGUGUUCUGUAUGACUUUCUUCUCUAUCUGUUUAUUAUGGUCCUGUGUUUAUAUCCGUGUGGGAAAUCCCUUCACAUGGAGAAAUGUUGAGGUUUUGUGUUAUAGCUCUGAAAAUAUACACUUUACUGAACUCAAAUAUUUUUCCACGUUCCUCAAAACAAAUUGGUGGAACCCAACAAUAAAUAAAAAAAACUUUGCAUGUAAAGAUUUCAUACCAACUGGGGUUUUGGAGAGUCACGGACAUAUUGAGAGCUGAAGCCUGGUUAUGAUUAGGCUUAUGUCAGCUUCACUGUGGCAUCUUACAACAACUUGGCCCUCUUUGUUUAAGCGAAUCAGCUCACUAGUGAGAUUUUAGACUGUUUUUAUCUAUUGUGUUUCUUAAGCUGACUCCUUACCUAUUUACAGGAUGAUGGCACAACCUUUUGAUGAAAUAUUAUCUGCCAUGAACCCCCCCAAAACAGUGAUAUCCUAAGUGUUUUCCAAAUUCAUUCUCAGUUAAAGUGUUUAUCAGUUAUCCAGAGACACACUAGCAGGUGACGAGUCUCUAAGAUUGCUUGUAGUCUCUUUUGGGCAUGUGAGUGUGCACUGUUUCAGUGAGAUUAUCUAAUAGCCAAAAUAUUUAGAUGUAUAGUUACAUCACACUGUAUGAUUUAUACACAUUCAGCUUCGCGCUAGACUACGUGCUAGUUUUGUUGGCAGAUUCGCACCUGUAGUAGCUACACAGAUCAGGCAUAACAUUAUGAACACUGACAGGUGCUGUGACUAACACGCCUCAUCAUGGCACCUGUUAGUGGGUGGGAUAUAUUAGGCAGCAAGUGAACAUUUUGUCCUCAAAGUUGAUGUGUUAGAAGCAGGAAAAAUGGACAAGUGUAAGGAUUUGAGCGAGUUUGACAAGGACCAAUUUUUGUGGUGGCUAGACCACUGGAUCAGAGCAUCUCCAAAACUGCUCUUGUGGGGUGUUCCCGGUCAGUAUCUAUUAAAAGUGGUCCAAGGAAGGAACAGUGGUGAACUGGAGACAGGGUCAUGCACAGCAAAGGGUCAUUGAUAUACAUGGAGAGUGAAGGCUGGACCGUGUGAUCUGAUCCAACAGACGAGCUACUGUUGCUCAAAUUGUUGUUAAAAGUUAAUGCUGGUUCUGUUAGAAAGGUGUCAGAAUACAUAGUGCAUGACGGGUCAGUGCUGUUUUGGUGGCAAAAGGGGAACCAACACAAUAUUAGUCAUAAUGUUAUGCCUGAUCGGUAUAUAUACUUACCAAAGACCCUGAUAAUUCCUUCCAAGUGUUUAUUUUUCUACAUAAUGUAUCUUGUAUAUUAUAGUAUAAGAUGAAUCCAUGCGAUAUAUAUUCCCCCUAAAACUAGUCAAAGUGUAAAUGGGAACUAAUCUGAUGUCAGAAAUUACGGGAAAUGUCAAAAACCGUUGCGCCUUAGGAUUGGUCUGUGAAACCAUUUGAGCCUUUUGUUUCGUUUUGUUGUUUUGCCACAUCAUCUAAUUAGUAUAGAAUUGAGAAAAUUCCAAUUGUGCUGACAUCAUGGCUCCAUGUCUCACAUUUACUUAGAAAACGAAUCCUCUCUCGCCUUUGUUGCUUGUUGGUAUGAUGAACAUAGGGUCUAGCGUGGAAUCGAAUUUAAGUGGUACAACUCAAUAUAAUGCUUUUCAGUACAUCGCACUCCCUGUUUCUUGCUUUCAAUUGUAAAGAGGACACUACUUUAGCUUAAGCAACCUGCUACACGUUUUUGUUUCUAAACUUGUUAAAAGCACCGCUCUUAAGGAAAGGAUUGUAGCCUACAGUGUGAUGCCUGAAUGAUUCCACCUUAAUUAGUUAGUCGUUCUUUUCUAAAACACGCUGAUUGUAUCUUUUGAGUUGACUGAAAGGUGUUAAAUGUACUGACGUUUGAACUGUAAUGAUCAUUUUUCUUUAAUAUUGUUGCAUAUUAUUUGUAUGGCUGUACUAUGUUCUGAUGUAUAUUUGUUUUCCUGGCAUGUUUAUGAUGGUGGUGGUGGUGGUGGUGGUGAUGAUGAUGAUGAUGAUGAUGAUGUGACACUUUACACAGAGCACAUGGGAACAAUUUUGAAUAAUGACAAAAACAAAUGCGAUGACUGAUGUGAGCAGUUUCAGUACAAGCUCUGUGAUGGAUUUUGACUUUCUGUAAUUAAAACCAGCCACGUAAACCUGACGAUUGUGCAAGAUAUAGAUUUUUUUUUUUUUUGCUACAGGACACAUUAUGAAUUAUGUAGACAUUUGAGAGGAAUGUUUGGAAAGCUUGUAAUGGUUUUUGUUAGUGAGAAAUACUUCAUGAUCAUUCAUUAACAAAACCAGAAAUGUGUAGUCAUUACAAGAGAGUUGAAUUUAGUCAUAUUGGUACUUCUAUGCUCCAGUAACAGCUAGAAAUCAAUUCCAAAUGGCAUCAAAAUGAUAAUACCAUCUGCUCUAUGUGCAGUUCAUCACAUGCUUCUGUGUCAUGUAUGUUGAUUAUUUCACUGUCCUUGUAAAAAAAAAAAAAUUUUUUAGACACAAGCAGUGUAUGGUUUUAGUCUAAGCAGUGCUUUCUGAACAUUUUCAUGGCAACGUUUAAGCGGGGUUAACAUUUGCAGUGUCUGUUUCAUCUAGAAGGUUGUUAGAAUUUGGUUAGCCUGAAUUGAUCUGUUGAGUUGUACCUUUUUAAAGUGCACUGAAAUCUUCUAGAAAAGGAGUGAAGAAUCAUUCUUUUGUGAAUCAUGGACUUUUGUCUGGUAAACAUCUGUCAAACUUUUAAUCUGAGUUAAUGUACAGGAGUCAGAAUAUAUAUAUAUAUAUAUAUUCCUUCUUAUUUCCAUUUGCCUUUGGUGUAAAGCCUGGUUAUGAAUUCCAGCUCAAAACUGUUGUACUUGUUUCUGACAUUUGUAUUUUGUUUUUCAUGUAUCUGUACUUUUAAUGGACAUAAAAAAAAAUAAUUUUC